UAGCAGAAACAGUAGACCUUGUGGUGUGUUUGUCCGCGUGCUGUUUCCUGCGUCUUGCCGCUGGGGGAUGCUUGCUGCCUGACUGUGCGUGUGCCGCCGACGCCAACGCCGCGCCCGGGACACGAAUGAAGAAACUGCUUCUCCUGCUCUUCAAUUUUCGGGGACUCACGCGAGGGGGUGGACGCAGGGGGAAACGCCGGCGAAAAUGGCCACGUUCCGUAUACGUGCUGCGCGGCCCGAAGACUGUGCCGAUCUGCUGCGCCUCAUAAAGGAACUUGCUAAAUAUGAAGAGAUGGAGGAUCAAGUAGUGCUGACUGAAAAAGAUCUGCUUGAGGAUGGCUUUGGUGAACACCCUUUCUACCACUGUCUUGUUGCAGAAGUGCCAAAAGAACAUUGUACACCUGAAGGAUAUGGAAUUGUGGGCUUUGCAAUGUAUUACUUCACUUAUGACCCAUGGAUUGGAAAACUGUUAUAUCUUGAAGACUUCUUUGUGAUGAAUGAGUUCAGAGGUUUGGGCAUUGGUUCUGAAAUUCUAAAGAAACUGAGUCAGACGGCUGUCAAGUGUCGUUGCAGCAGCAUGCACUUCUUAGUGGCAGAGUGGAAUGAGCCUUCCAUCACGUUCUACAAGAGACGGGGAGCUUCCGACCUGUCAUCUGAGGAGGGCUGGAGACUCUUCAAAAUAGACAAGGAGUACUUGAUGAAGAUGGCAACCGAAGAGUGAGGGCUUUUGCCUGGCCAAUAACAAAUUCCAUCCAAUCAUCUUUGUGUUCUUCCUACCUUGCUUUUCCUACACUUUGUACUGAAAAAAAUUAGUGUGAACCCUAAUUCAAAAGCUUUAAUUACCAGUGGCAUUGUUGCAUAGAUAUGACUGGAGUUCUGUGACCCCAGCCCCACAGGUAGUAACAGUUGUGGCGUCGGCUAUUUGUCUCUAUCCUUCAUCAGUGCACUUGUCAUCCUAAAAUGUAUAUUGUAUAUAACUUCAUUCUUGUAAGUGUCAUUCAAAUGUGUACAAUGUACACACUGGUAGGGUUUUUGUUUUAAUUAUUUACGUUCAUAAAUAAAUGUUUUC